AUGGUGACCCGACCCGAGAUAUACGCCGACACUAUUGAGGACCUAUUGGAUGACAGUGCUCAGCGUUUAUACGAGUCAUCACUUUUGCAAUACUGGUAUCAUUUGAAAUCUAAUGUGCACCUGUAUGUGUUUACAUGCGAUACACCUGAUUACCACAUACCGUGUCAUAAAAUGGUAAUGAAUGGACAGUUGGCUGCAAUUGACAACACGCCUAUGAAUUACUACUGGGAGACACAGAAAGGCUACCAGUGCUCCCAACCCCUGUACAUGUCUUUAUACUACUAUAAGUAG